AUGCUUCGCCUUGCAAGAGCGACGGAUGGCGAUGCCGUCUGCCCACCUCUGCCACAGGCAGCAGGUUAUGUCGUUGUGAUUGCAAUUGGGUUCCUGAUUGCCUUUAUCAUGAUAUUUACAACACACUUAUUGAAGAAAACUGUCGGAGAAGACAACAAGACCACGGAAAUGUUCAUGACAGCUAACCGGUCUGUCGGUACAGGGUUGACAGCUUCGGCUGUCGUAUCAUCAUGGCUCUGGAGUACUGCCAUGUUAGGAAGCACCCUUGUGGGGUACAACUUUGGUGUUGCGGGACCAUUUUGGUUUGCUGCUGGUUGCUCGCCCAUGAUUGUUUUCUUUGCUCUACUCGGUAUAGCAUGCAAACUGCGCGUACCCGAAGCUCAUACGCUACUUGAAAUUGUAAGAAUACGGUACGGUACAGCAGGACACAUUGUGUGGAUUGCGCUAUGCUUGAUCAACAACAUCAUUGCUAUUGCCAACAUGCUUCUUGGGGCAAGUGCAGCUAUAACGGCUCUCACUGGAAUGCAUAUUAUUGCGGCAACCUUUUUGCUUCCUGUCGGCGUCAUUCUCUACACUUUCGUCGGCGGCAUCAAGGCAACUUUCCUAACAGAUUAUUUUCACACUUUUGUGAUCACCGUCAUAAUAUGUUUCUUCACUAUCAAGACUUUCACCGUUCCAGAGAUUGGUUCCCCUGCUGGGCUAUUCGAGCUCAUCGUCAAGGCUGGCCAAGAUCAUCCCGUACCUGGAAAUGAAGGUGGUUCAUAUUUGACCAUGACCAGCAAAAAUGCUAUUCUUUUUGGCAUCAUCCACAUCUUGGCCAAUUUUGGUCUUGUCAUCAUGGACACCGGCUUCUUCGCAAAAGCUUUCAGCGCUGCUCCUCAGGCGGUUGUUCCCGGAUACAUAGUUGGGGGCAUUGCUUACUUCGCGAUUCCAUGGUGCCUUGGCACGUUAAUGAGCUUCUCAGCUCUUGGUUUGGAAAAUACAGCACGAUUCCCAACAUACCCUCGAAGAAUGACUCCAGAAGAAGUUUCCAAUGGCCUGGUGAUGCCUUAUGCCGCGUAUGCCAUUGCUGGAAAAGGAGGAGCCGUUGCCGUUCUGUUAGUCACCUUUAUGGCUGUUACGUCGACCAUCAGCGCCCAAGUCAUCUCUGUAUCUUCCAUCAUCAGCUUUGACAUCUAUCGCCAAUAUUUCAACAAGGCCGCUACAGACAGGGAUGCCAUUCGAUGGAGCCACAUUGGAGUCGUAUUCUUUGGAUUGUUUUCUGCAGCCUUCUCAACCGCUCUUUUCUACGGAAACGUGAACCUCGGCUGGACAUUGUACAUGCUCGGGGUUUUGACGUGUCCCGGAAUCUUUCCCACUGUAUUCACCAUUCUCUGGAAGAGGCAAUCUUGGGCCGCCGCCAUCGUAUCGCCAUUACUGGGAAUGGCUACCGGAAUUGCCGUUUGGCUCGGCUCAGCUCAUGCUCUAUAUGGCGAAGUCACUGUAGCUUCGACUGGACAAAGUUUGCCCUGUGUUUACGGAACUGUGGCAUCAGCGCUAAGCCCAGCACUCUAUUCUAUUGUCAUCUCCCUCAUUAAGCCCGCCAAUUAUGACUGGGCAGACUUCCGAAAAGAGCGAUUGGCUUUUAGCAAAACAAACACUGCUGAUCCUCAAGUAACUACUGACUCCAAAACUCCCGCGGUCACGGUAUCGGAUUACUCAGAAGAUGCGGCCAGAUUUUCGAAAUGGGGAAAAAUUGCCGCUUUCUGGGCGGCUGCAACUUUCUUGGGUCAUUGGGUUCUAUGGUAA